CAUAUCAUUACAAGAUGAAGUGGAUACUCGCUUGCGCAUUUUUUGCUGUUGCUUUUGCAAUCAACCCAGAAGAAGCCGAAACAGAUCCCGAUGUCUUYGAGGGUGACAUGAUUCUGACACCAGAGCAGAAAAUGGCUGCCGUCAACGGUUGGGACGUCGAUGCUCCUCUUGGACGAGGAGGGAUCAAGAAUAAAAGAUGGCCUGGUGGAGUGUUUGUCUACCAAAUUGAUGGAGCUCUAGCUCGCAGUAGCAAAGCAAUGAAUGCAAUCAACGGAGCMUUYAGAGAAUGGUCCUCCAAGACUUGCAUCACAUUCAAGAAACGAACCAACGAAAGAGAUUAUGCUUACUUCCGCAUAGGAUCAGGUUGUUCCUCGUGGGUUGGUAGGAGCGGAGGUCGCCAAACUAUCAACUUGGCCAGCGGUUGCUGGUAUGUUGGUAUUGUGGCCCACGAGAUCGGUCACGCUCUCGGUUUCUACCACGAACAGUCACGCCCUGACCGUGACAAUUACGUCACUAUCAUGUGGAACAACAUUAUUGAGAAAAGCAAAUUCAACUUCAACAAGUACAAUCGUGGUACCAUCGACUCUCUUGGUACUCCCUACGACUAUGGAUCCGUCAUGCACUACGGCUCAAGGGCUUUCAGCAAAAAUGGCAGACCAACCAUCGUUGCCAAGCAAUCUGGAGUAACACUUGGACAAAGAAGAGGAUUGAGCGCCAUUGACGCCAAGCAAAUGAACUUGAUGUACAAGAGCGAAUGCAGUGGAGGUGGCGGAGGUGGAGGAUCCUCUUGUGUUAACAAUCACUCGCGCUGUGAUGAAUGGGCCCAACGUGGAGAGUGCAAGAAGAACCCCCGUUGGAUGUUGGUAAACUGCAAGAAGAGCUGCAAAGUUUGCUCAUAGAGAUUAAAUUGAAAUAAAGCUACUUGAAAAUGCAUUGAAAA